AUGAUAUCAGAAAUGUCAAUUUGUGGUAGACAAAUUCUUUAGAUUUUGGAAUUGAAUGCUUACUAUAGAAAGAAAGCUUAUUAAUUUUAAUACAAAGUAGAAACUGAAGGAGUAAUGAAAUCAAAAGAUGGAUAUUAAACAAUAGUCAAAUUAAAUGUUAGUGAAUAACAUAAAGGAAUUAUAAACACAUUAAGCUCUUAAGAGAAUUUGAUAAAAAUAAUUAUAAGAAGUAGAGUAGGAAUUCAAAAGUUUUUGGAACCAUUAAAUUAGGAAAUUUAGAAAUUCUAAGAUUAAUAAGCAACAGUAGUUCCUAAAAUUAGAAUUGACCAUUUGAAUGAUUAGCAAAAUGAAUUAAUCAGCUGA